AUGGAUAGGAGUGAUGCGGCGUCCAUAGCGACUGUGGAUCAGAAGAAAGCACUGUGGUGGAGGGAUGUCUUGAUAACGGGCUUGUUCAUCGCCUCGUGGUACGGCUUUGCAACCCUCUUAUCCUUGUACAACAAGUGGAUGUUCACACCGAAAUACUACAACUUUCCAUACCCUCUGUUCGUCACGACUUGUCAUUUCUUCAUCCAAUUUUUACUGGCCGCGGCCAUCCUCAAUAUCUGGCCAAAGCGCUUCAAGCCCGUUGAACGACCGACACGCAAAGAUUAUGUGUCAAAGAUUUUCCCAGCGGCUCUGAGUACAGGUGGAGAUAUCGGCCUCUCCAAUCUCAGUCUCAAGAUUAUUACCCUGAGUCUGUAUACUAUGGCCAAAUCCUCCACCCUCCUCUUCGUCCUUUUCUUCGCCUUUGUCUUUCAGAUUGAGAAACCUUCAGUCCGACUCGUCGCAGUCAUCUUUCUCAUCUCUUUCGGUGUGUUCCUCAUGGUAUUCAAUACCACCUCCGUUUCUAUCCCCGGCCUCGUCAUGGUCUUUUCAGCCUCUGCGUUGGCAGGUCUGAGGUGGGCAUUGACCGAAUUGGUCAUGCACAAGAAGUCUAUGGGUUUAGGCAACCCGUUCGCUACCCUGUACUGGCUCGCUCCGCUCAUGGCUCUAUCCCUUGGCAUCGUCAGUAUGGGAGCAGAAGGCUGGUUCAAGGUCUUGGGGAGCGAACAUUUGCAGGGGACCAAGGCGAUCUUCACUAUCGGUGUCAUCGUCUUUCCGGGAUUCCUUGCUUUCGCCAUGGUCUCCAGCGAAUUUUUCAUCAUACACCGAGCGGGGUCAGUUCCUCUGUCAAUCGCGGGUAUCUUCAAGGAAGUCACGACCAUCACUAUCUCGGCGCUGGUAUUUGGUGACGAAUUGACAGAGCUCAAUAUGAUUGGUGUCGCUAUCACAGUCUGUGGAAUCUGUGUCUACACAUAUCACAAAUACCAGCGAUCCAUGAAGCAGACUGUCUCACUCGACUCGCGUGGUCAGCCUGUGGGAUCGCCAGGUCAUUCCGGCGAGAGUGGAUCUGCCUACGCGCACGACUCUGAGCACCAGCCGUUGACGACGACUUCGCCAUCUGGGUACACCAGAGUCCAGUUGCAUCCCGUGCGGACUCCGCGGUCUUCAGAGACCAGAGAUGAGCGGACGCAGCGACUCAGAGACGACUUUGAGGGUUGGAAUGAUCGAGAGGAUUGGAGCGACGAUGAGCAUGAGGGAUCAACUGGGGAAGCUGGUGAAGAUGAAGUGGCGAGAUUGAGAGCGGAACGGGACGGUAAAGUUGUAGAUGACGUUCAACCUGCAGGUUGGGGACCUUGGUGGGAUCAGAAGAUGUGA